GCUGCUGCACCGGAUCACGGGGGGGGGGGCUGUCGGUGGAGUACUGCUUCAGCCGCCAGCCCUUCAGCCCCGACGCCAACAUGGUGGCCGUGCAGAUGCAGUUCACCAACAGCGCCACCGCCGACACCAAGAACCUGCACAUCGAGGACGCCAAGCUGCAGUCGGGGAUGAGAGUCAAGGAGUUCCCCGAGAUCGAGCUGCUGCCUGCAGGGGAGACCGCCACGGCCGUCAUGGGCAUCGACUUCUGCGACUCGACGCAAGCAGCAAACUUCCAGCUGUGCACCCACACCAGGAAGUUCUUCGUGUCGAUCCAGCCUCCGGUGGGCGAGCUGAUGCGCUCCGUCUUCCUCACAGAGAACGAGUUUAAGAAGGAGCAAGGUCAGCUGAUGGGGAUGAACGAGAUCACGGAGAAGCUCACGCUCGACGCAAAGUGCCUGAACGAACACGCCAUCGUCCAGAGAGUGACGGCUUCCGCCAACCUCAGCAGGGUGCCGUGCGGCUCGGACCGGGAGUGCAGGUUCGCCGGCAGGACGGUGACCAGCGGCAGCUUGGUGCUGGUCACCGUGGCGACGGGGGAGGACGGAUCGGCCCAGCUGACGGUCAACUGCGAGAAGAUGGUGAUCGGCACCAUGCUGGUGAAGGACAUCCUGCUGGCUCUGACGCAGUGACCCCGCCUCCGACCCCGCCCCUCCCCCCUCG